GGCAGAACAGAAACAUGACAAAAUCAUGAACUAUGUCAAGAAGGGGGCAUGGUCUCCUGAGGAAGACCAAAAAUUGAUCUCUUAUAUCCAGAAAUAUCGUUUUUGGAACUGGAGCCAAAUGCCCAAAUUUGCAGGGCUAUCAAGAACUGGAAAGAGUUGCAGAUUAAGGUGGCUCAACUACCUGAGGCCUGAUCUAAAGAGAGGACCUUUUACCUUGGAAGAAACUCAAACUGUGAUCAGAAUGUAUCAUUCACUUGGUAACAGGUGGUCAGCUAUAGCUAAAGAACUGCCCGGAAGAACUGAUAACGAAAUCAAGAAUUUCUACCACACACAUUUAAAGAAGCAGCUGGGGACAAAGGUUAAUCAUGAUCAAGUGAAACCUAAGGCAAUAAGAUCCAAAAAGGCCCAGAAAGCUAAACAAAUGAAGACGCCUUUAUUAGCUACUUGUCCAAUGCAAGGUUCUGCCAGUAUUUCUCGUGAAUUUUUUUAUUUCACCAAGUCCUCCUCUAGUGAGAUCUCAUUUGAUGAAAACUACCAAAUAUCGGAUUUCUUAGAAAUGUUGGAUCAAGACAACGAUGUUACUUCAGUUGUCAAUCAAGUUGAAAACAUAGUUAUAUUGGAAAGCAAUCCAGACACAUCCUCGAAUCUUGAUUUUUACAUAAAAGAUUCCAUGAAUGUGAGUGUUCAUUCGUCUAACGUGGAUUUCUGGUUGGAGGCAUAUAUGGCAGCAGACAAUGUGAAGAUCUAGAAGCUAAUUCUCAAUAGGUGGUUAGCGAUGGGUAAUUAUCGUGCGGUGACUAGAGUGAUGGUCGUGUGGUGGUGAUUGGCUAUGGGAAUUGUGGCUGUUCGUUGGUGAUUGAUGAUGGUGGGCAUGCAGGGGAAGCUGGUACUGAAACCGGUAAUGAUGUUGAUAAUAGUAGUCAAAGGUGGUGGUUGUACGGUGAAGAUUGAUGGUGGAAGUAAUUGGUGGUGGAGGUGGUUGGAGUUAAAUUAUUCUUUUUUUGUUUAAAAUGAAAUUUUAUUAAUAACUAGAACACUACAUCCAUAGUAGUAGUUACACAAGCACUAUCAUUGAUAGUGAGCACACUAAGAUUUAGCCAACUUAUUACACAUAGAAGUGAGUUAAGUGAUUCACUUGAAGUACUCCUCGAAUAAAUUCUGGAACUCAGCAACUAUUAAUGCGUUAUA